GGUUCGAUUCCUGCUUCAUUUGGUCGUUUAAGCAACUUAGAAAUGCUAUUCCUUCGUGACAACCAACUUUCUGGUUCCAUCCCCCAUGAAAUUGGAAAUCUAAGCAAAUUAUCUUACCUGAACCUUGACAAAAACCAAUUGACUGGUUUUUUGCCCCAGAAUAUUUGCCUUGGAGGAUCACUUGAGAGAUUGGAUGUGAAUGACAACCAACUCCGAGGUCCAAUCCCCAGAAGUUUGAAAAAUUGCUCAAGCUUAGUCAGAGCCCGUUUUGAUGGGAACCAACUCCAUGGAAACAUCUCUGAAGAUUUUGGUGUCUAUCCGAACCUGCAGUUCAUUGAUCUAAGCUACAAUAAAUUUUCUGGUGAAAUCUCAUCCAACUGGGGGAGGUGUCACUACUUGUCGAACCUAAAAAUUGCAGGGAAUAAUAUUUCGGGUAGGAUACCAACUGAUAUUGGAAAUGCCUUUCAGCUACAUGUACUUGAUCUUUCUUCAAAUCAUUUAGUUGGAAGGAUUCCUAAGGAAUUGGGGAAAUUGACUUCUUUGGUGAAGUUGAUUUUAAACGACAAUCAGCUUUCCGAAGGGAUGCCUUCAGAAUUUGGAUCAUUAUCCGAUCUUGAGCAUCUAGACCUGUCGGCAAACAGAUUGAACAAAUCGAUUCCUGACGAUGUUGGAAGCUUAGCUAAACUCAACUACUUGAAUUUAAGCUGUAAUGAGUUUAGCCAAGAAAUUCCAAUUCAGUUGGGGAAGUUAACUCACUUGUCGGUGUUGGAUUUAAGCCGGAACUUCCUCAGUGGAGAAAUAUCAGAUAGAUUCAGAAGCAUCCAGAGCCUGGAUAUAUUGAAUCUGUCUCACAAUCACCUCACUGGUCCCAUUCCAGAACUGCAUGGCUUGUCCCAGCUCGAUCUUAGUCACAACAUGCUCACUGGAGAGAUACCGGCAGAAUUUUCAAGUUUGCGAACCUUGGAGAUACUGAAUCUUUCUCACAACAAGCUCAAUGGUACCAUUCCAGCAACGUUAGCACAACUGCCUGAAUUGCGAUCCGUUGAUCUAUCAGAUAACGAGUUGUGGGGUCCCAUUCCCAACAGCAAAGCAUUUCAAGAUGCUGCAUUGAAAGGAAACAGAGGACUCUGUGGCAAUGCUAGAGGUCUGCAGCCUUGCAAGAUUGCAAAGAUUCACAAACAUGUUUUGGGAAAGGCCAUAAAAUUUUCUCUGAUGAUUGUCUUUCCUAUUUUCGGAGCAGUUGUCCUAUUCUGCGGUUUAAUUAUCAUGUUGUUCAGUUUCCGAAUAAGGAAAAGAGGCUCAGUGACAGGAAGCAACAUGAACAACGAAGAGUUGCUUUCCAUAUCAAUUUUCGAUGGAAAAAUAAUGCACCGAGAAAUCAUAGAAGCAACCAAGAAUUUUGACAGCAUGUACUGCAUUGGAGAGGGCAGAUUUGGACGUGUCUACAAAGCAGAGUUGUUAUCGGGUGAUACUGUAGCUGUAAAGAAAUUCCAUUCGUUACCUCAUGAUGAGAUGGCAGAUCAGAAAGAAUUCCUGAAUGAGAUAAGGGUAUUAACAGAGGUAAGGCAUCGAAAUGUUGUCAAAUUCUAUGGUUUUUGUUCACAUGUCCGACACACAUUUCUAGUUUACGAGUACCUCCCUAGGGGUAGCUUGGCCACGAUCCUGUGCAAUGACGAAGCUGCAAAAGAAUUUGGCUGGGAUAAAAGGCUGACGGUCAUAAAAGGUGUAGCUUAUGCCUUGUACCACAUGCACCAUGAGUGCAUACCACCAAUUGUUCAUAGAGACAUAUCAAGCAAGAAUGUUCUGCUGGACUCAGAAUAUGAAGCUCAUGUUUCGGAUUUUGGCACAGCUAAGCUUCUCAACCUAGAUUCUUCCAAUCGGACUAUGCUUGCAGGCACCUACGGAUACGUAGCACCAGAGCUUGCAUACACAAUAAAAGUGACAGAAAAAUGCGAUGUGUACAGCUUUGGGGUGCUGGUACUGGAAGUCAUCAAAGGAAAGCAUCCUGGUGAUCUGAUUUCUACGAUGUUAUCUCACUCAGGCAAUAUGGAGAUAGCAGUCAAUGAUGUGUUGGAUGAGCGUUUGUCGCCUCCUUCACUUGAGGUUGAAGACAAAUGGGCAUUCAUAGUAAGUCUGGCAUUUUCAUGCUUAAAUGCCAAUCCACAGUCUAGGCCAAACAUGUAUGUUGUUUGUCAGUCGUUGUCCAAAUGAACAU